AUGAGUAGUGUCUAAUUUGUCAAUUCUAAAGCUGAAGUGCUUCGUAAAUAUUAAGCAUUAGCAAUGAAUAUAAAUGCAGCAGCUGGUUUGAUGGAGGUCAUGAAAUCAAAUUUAGGACCAAAGGGUACCUUAAAAAUGCUUGUGGGAGGUGCUGGAUAAAUAAAACUUACGAAGGAUGGCGCUGUUCUAUUAUCAGAGAUGUAGAUAUAGCAUCCAACAGCAGCUAUGAUAGCUAGAAGUGCAACAGCUUAGGAUGAUAUAAUUGGUGAUGGUACAACCAGCAAUGUUUUAUUGAUUGGCGCAUUAAUGAAAUAAGCCGAAAGAUUAUUGGCUGAGGGAAUUCAUCCAAGAGUAAUUACAGAAGGUUUUGAGCUUGCAAGAAAGGAGGCCCUAUCAUUUUUAGAUACCUUUAAAUACUAAUAAAUAGAUAAAGCUGUGUUAAUAAAUGUGGCCAGAACUUCAUUAAAUAGCAAAUUGACACCCGAUGUUGCAAAUUAAAUUAUCGAGAUAGUUGUCGAUGCAGUUUAAAUUGUGUAAGUGCCUGAAAAGCCAAUAGAUUUAUUUAUGGUUGAGAUUAUGCAUAUGUAACAUAAGAUGGGAGCAGAAACAGAAUUGAUUAGAGGAUUAGUGUUAGACCAUGGUGCAAGACAUCCAGACAUGCCUAAAUUUGUUAAGAAAUGCUACAUCUUAAAUUUGAAUGUCUCAUUGGAAUACGAGAAGACUGAGGUUCACAGUGGAUUCUUUUAUAACACAGCUGAAGACAGAGAGAAAUUAGCUAGAUCUGAAAGAAGAUUGACAGAUGACAAAUGUCAAUAAAUUAUUGAUUUCAAGAGAAAGGUUUGUGAGAAGAAUGGCUAUGGAUUUGCAGUUAUCAAUUAAAAAGGAAUUGAUCCAGUCUGUUUAGAGAUGUUUGCCAAAGAAGGCAUUGUUGGUAUCAGAAGAGCAAAAAAGAGAAAUAUGGAAAGAAUUGCAAAGGCCUGUGGUGGUAAUUCAGUCAAUGCAGUUGAAGAUAUGUCAGAAAGUGAUCUUGGAUAUUGUGAAGUGUUAAGAGAAUAUACCUUAGGAGAAGAGAAGUAUACCUUUAUUGAAGGAGUAUAAAAUCCAACUUCAUGCACAAUUUUAAUUAGAGGACCAAAUGAACAUACUAUUGCCUAAAUCAAGGAUGCUAUUAGAGAUGGAUUAAGAGCUGUUAAAAAUGCUGUUGAAGAUAAAUGUGUUAUUCCUGGAGCUGGUGCUUUUGAGAUUGCUACCAGUGUUCAUCUUUAAAAGUUUAAGGAUUCUGUUGCUGGAAAGGCUAAAUUGGGAGUCUAAGCAUUUGCUGAGUCAUUAUUAGUUAUUCCAAAAGCUUUAGCAGAAAAUUGUGGAUAUGAUGUUUAAGAAACACUAAUUUAAGUUACAGACGAAUUUAUCAAAAAUAACAUUCCAGUUGGAGUGAGUGUUAAUGAAUAAGGAUUCAUUGCUCCAAUUGCCAAUGGCAUUUUUGAUAAUUAUUGUUCCAAAAGAUCAUGGCUGAACAUUGCACCCACAUUAGCUUAAUAAUUAUUGUUAGUUGAUGAAAUUAUGAGAGCUGGCAAACAAGCUGGUGGAGCACAAUAAUGAUAAGAAUGAAAUAAUUAUUGUUUACAUUUAUACAUCAAUAAAUAUAUAUUCGUAUAUUU